AUCAGCCUAAUUCUCUGCACAGCUCUCAGGGUCCCAUGACCGGCCAGGUGGACGAAGCCCUGUUUGCUGCCUGUCCUGAGAACCAGCCUGUGGAGAGCUGUGAGACCUCAUUUACACCCGCAGAGAAUCUGGAAAGGAAACUGCAGCAUGAGUUCAACUACCAUGUAUUUGGCAGCCGGAUGGAUAAAUCAGACGUUUCACCUGUGGUAUACACUCCUGAAAUGAGAGAGGAGGAAAGGAGACGAAGAGUUUCCUAUGAUCCAUUUGCAAAGCCAUUUUCUACUCCACAAAGGAGCGAACUUUAUCCAAGAGCUGAAAACACAGGCUCAAACACUAAACCUUAUUUUCAGCCACAGCGGGCUAUAUCACCACCAAUAUGGGGAAAUUUAGGUGCUUUUUAUGGGCCAAACCCUAACAGUUUCCUAGCAGGAAACACAGAGGAUCUCUAUGGAUCAUGUGCAGUCUCCCCAUUUAGCCUAAGUAAACCUCCUGUGCCUGAAACUGUCCCAAACCCAAAGUCACACAGCUCUGCAAAUUGGCAUCUGAAGAAUGCAGACACGGAUACAGGUAACAGCGAUUCCAGUUCUUUCAUGAGGGGAAAUUUUGCAUAUUAUCCUAGCACAUCUCAGUUAACCAGAGUAAACACAGAUGAUUCUAUCAAAUACACCAUAAAUAACAGUACCGGAAUUCAAAUUGGAUCCUACAAUCACAUGAAGAUUGACGAGCAGAAUCAGCACAUAAGCACUUCUCCUGUCAUUGCAGAAACAUCUUAUUCAUAUUAUGAAGCAACGGGUAUAUUUGACAAUAAUACUGUCCUCUCUGAGAAGCAUCUGAAUCUAGUGAGAGAAAAGCUGGCUAAACAGUGGAAACACUGUGCUCGUAAACUGGGCUUUUGUGAUCCAGAGAUUGAUGAAAUUGAUCAUGACUAUGAACGGGACGGACUGAAAGAAAAAGUUUACCAAAUGCUGCUCAAGUGGGUAAUGAGGGAAGGUUCCAAAGGUGCCACUAUUGGAAAACUUGCCAAAGCCCUGUUUGGGUGCCGAAGACUGGAUCUCCUUACUAGUCUAAUGCAAAUGAAUGAAGAGCAGGUUGAGUGAGAACCGGUGGA